CCUCCCCCCCCUCCCCGUUACUGGUUUUUCAGCGACGAAAACUAACCGUCGUUUGUCUAAUUCGUCUAGGAGGACGUAACUGUUUUCAAACUAGGUCUAACAACGGCAGGAUGGUGCCGCUCGGGCCGCUCGGGACCGUCGACGCUGCUGCUGGUCCGCUGCUAUUGCUACGAAAAUAGACGAGAGCGUCUGCUUCGUCCGGCCUGAGCCGUGGUCGUCUGCUGUACCCGGCGCCAGUACAUGUACAUGGCUUGUUCCUUUGCAAUUUAUUCAGUCUCCGAAUUAGCAGAUACGCGAAAAUGGCUCUUCUUGGAGCUCAGAUGGUGAUCACUUUAGUCAUGGUCAGUGUGUUUCAGAAACUUGGCCAUUUUUUCUCAUUAGCUAGGUGGUUACUUUGUUCCACUGGUUUGAUACGUUACCUUUACCCUACUGACAAUGAGUUGAAAACGCUUGCUGGCAUUCCCAAAGAAAAACCCAAAGGCAAGAAAGGCAGUCGGACAUCUGCUAGAGAGGUGUUUCGGAUACCAAGGAGCUUAGACGUGCCUCUGGAGAGUACAAAAGUUACAGCUCUUGAUGUGAUUCAUUUGCGAUUUUACUCAGAGUAUCAGUGGCUUGUGGAUUUUGCACUCUAUGCUAGCUUAGUAUUUUCAAUGUCUGAGAUCUACCAUGGAUUCUACCCCAUCAAGGAAGAGGUCAACUUGUCUACUGUUUGGUGUAUACUGGUUCUCGGAUUUGCCUUAAAAGUACUUGUUAGUUUAACAGUUCAGUAUUUCAAAGGUGAGGAGUCAGUGGGUGAACGAUCCACUGUCAUCGUAGCGGCAUUUGCUUUUUUGCUGAUUGCAAUGAUGGUAAUGGUUGUGGAUGAGCGCAAUCUUGAAUCUGGCUUGGAGUCAGCCUAUCGAAGUUUUAAUUCAAGUGCUGCUAGUUUCCUUGGAAGCCAAGGCUUGCAGUCUUCAGGUCCAGCAUCAAAACUUGUCCUAAAAUUUUUUUUAGCUUUGUGGUGUGGGCUCAUUGGUGGCCUGUUUAUCUUCCCUGGUUUCAGAGCAGCUCGUAUGCACUAUGAUCUUUUAAAGUAUUAUGAAGUCAACCGCAUACGCCGUUUUUUGCUGAAUAUAAGUUUUGCCUCACCUUUUUUCCUUGUACUCAUGUGGGUAAAGCCUGUCUGUAGAGAUUAUUUAACAGUCAGAAUAUUUUCUGGGAUGUCUGCUCCUUUGAUGAGUGAUAGUGCAUUUGACAGCAUGCGCUUGAUUGUUGUUAUAGCGGUGGUGUCUCACCGACUUUUCCUAAUGCCUCUUUAUCUGCAAGCACAUCUCAACAUGGCAUACCAAAGAGUUCAAGAACAACGCAAAGAAGCUGGAAGAAUCACAAAUCAUGAACUUCAAGAGAAGAUUGCAAGUGUGUUCUUCUACCUAUGUGUUGUAACACUUCAAUAUGUGAUUCCCAUAUUUUGCUGUCUCUUUUUUGCCUUUCUUUUCAAAAUUCUUGGUGGUCUUACCUGGGGUGGGUCUGAAGUACCCAUGGAGAGCCCUGCUCUUUUCUUUCCUACUCCUGCGGCUUCUGAAGAUUCUACUACUAUUAUGCAAUCUGCCAGACAAUUUACACUUGCUCUGGACUCUCUUAAACAGGUUUUUACUGCUGAAGUAUCUCGUGGAGUUUUUGGAUUUGCGCUGUGGUGGUCUACAUUUGCAUGGUUUUCUUCUUCCUUCCUGGGUUUACUGUACCAGACUUAUUUUAGCCAUACUUAGUAGUGAUUGUAUGCAUCCUGGAUUCCAAUGCCAGCAUAUUUAAUUGAACUAAGGAUUUGGGUUGUCCUUGCAAUAAAAACAGUUCAAUGUGUGCAA